GCCCGGCUCUCCGGCGGCAGCAAGUGCCACGUCCCAAGUGCUACGCGGAGGAGCUGAGAGGGCGGUGCGCAGGGGGCGGGGAGCAGCGAGGAUCCCGGCCUGCUCACAUUGAUCGCCCGCCGCCAUGGGGUCCUCGCAGAGCGUCGAGAUCCCUGGCGGGGGCACGGAAGGCUACCACGUCCUGCGGGUACAAGAAAAUUCCCCAGGACAUAGAGCUGGACUGGAGCCAUUCUUUGAUUUUAUUGUUUCCAUUAAUGGUUCAAGAUUAAAUAAAGACAAUGAUACUCUUAAGGAUCUACUGAAAGCAAAUGUUGAAAAGCCUGUAAAAAUGCUUAUCUACAGUAGUAAAACACUGGAACUUCGAGAGACCUCUGUCACACCAAGUAACAUGUGGGGUGGCCAGGGCUUGUUGGGAGUGAGCAUUCGUUUCUGCAGCUUUGAUGGGGCGAAUGAAAACGUUUGGCAUGUAUUGGAAGUAGAAUCAAAUUCUCCCGCGGCACUGGCAGGUCUUAGACCUCAUAGUGAUUAUAUCAUUGGAGCAGAUACAGUCAUGAAUGAGUCUGAAGAUCUGUUCAGCCUUAUUGAAACACAUGAAGCAAAACCAUUGAAACUUUAUGUGUAUAAUACAGACACUGAUAACUGUCGAGAAGUGAUUAUUACACCAAAUUCCGCAUGGGGUGGAGAAGGCAGUUUAGGAUGUGGCAUUGGAUAUGGUUAUUUGCAUCGAAUACCAACACGCCCAUUUGAAGAAGGGAAGAAAAUUUCUCUUCCCGGACAGAUGACUGGUACACCUGUUACUCCUCUUAAAGAUGGAUUUACGGAGGUCCAGCUGUCCUCAGUCAAUCCCCCAUCUCUGUCACCACCAGGAACUACAGAAAUUGAACAGGGUCUGUCUGGACUUUCUAUUAGCUCAACUCCACCAGCUGUCAGUAAUGUUCUCAGUACAGAAAACUCCCACCAUUUUACAUGCUGGUUAGUUUACUUGUUCGGUGUACCAACAGUACCAUUAUUGCCACCACAGGUAAACCAAUCCCUCACUUCUGUGCCACCAAUGAACCCUACUACUACAUUACCAGGUCUAAUGCCUUUACCAGCAGGACUACCUACCCUGCCUGCCCUCCCCAACCUCAACCUCCCCACACCGCACGUCAUGCCAGGGGUCAGCUUACCAGAACUCGUGAACGCGGGUUUGCCACCUCUUCCUUCCUUGCCUCCCCGAAACUUACCUGGCAUUGCACCUCUCCCCAUGCCGUCCGAGUUCCUCCCGUCAUUCCCUUUGGUUCCAGAGGUGUCUUCUGCAGCGGGCUCAGGGGAGCUGCUGUCCUCCCUCGCACCCACCGGGAGCCCACCUUCCAACCCUGUCACAACCACUGCAAAGGCAGACGCUGCCUCCGCGCCCACUGUGGAUGUGACGUCCCCCUCUCCCAAGGCCCCCAGCACUGUUGAGGACAGAGUCUGCGAGCCCAGCCCAGCCGGCGAGAAGCCUGUUUCUGCAGUUACGGAUGCAAGUGCCUCCGAGUCACCUUAACUUUGAACCGGUCUUCAGAAUUGGCGUGGUGGGCUUGUCUAACCACGGAGCGUGUCUGGAAAUGCAAACUCUCGUUAAUUUCAUACUAGUUUGUACCGUAUCUGUAGGCAUCCUGUAAA